AACGAAUAAAAAGGGAAAAAGGCAAAUAAAACAAAUGGCAGUUGGGCUCCUCGACACACCGACGUACAUGGUUUGAGGAUCCUCUUCUCAAUCUCUCCCUCCAUGUUUUCAUUCGGAGUCCCGAGAAACAAACAAACGGGCCAUUGAUCCAAGAUGGAGCACUGGCUUAUUCUGGUAAAGUAGAUUCCAUUCUGGUGGAAACUGAAAUGCCUACUGAACUGGAGUCAUUCAAGGAGAUCUGCCUGCACAAGUUUAGCAACUGAUGUUCUUCUUGGAGAGAGAACCUCUACUUCCAUGAUGUGGAAUUUUGCAUCCAACUGCAUAGCUGGAAGUGUUGGACUGAAGAACAACUCUCCAAAACCCACUCAAGUUGCUUCUGAAUGCUCAGAUGAUGAGGUUUCUUCAAAUAUCAGCAGAGAGGAGGGUCUAGAGUGUCCAAUAUGCUUUGAAUCUUUCAACAUUGUUGAAAAUGUGCCCUAUGUUUUAUGGUGUGGCCAUACCCUCUGUAAAAAUUGCAUCCUUGGACUACACUGGGCUGUUGUGAAAUUUCCCACUCUACCAAUUCAACUUCCGCUCUUCAUCUCCUGCCCAUGGUGCAACCUUUUAUCCUUCCGUCUUGUUUACAAGGGAAGCCUCAAGUUCCCUCGCAAGAACUACUUUCUUCUCUGGAUGCUUGAGAGCAUGAAUGGUGACAGAGAGAAGUCUCAUUCCUCGUUUUCUGGAGAUCAUCAUCAACCAGUCUGGUCAUCAGACAGCAAUUUAGCCCUGGGGAGUCGAGUGAACCACAGAAUCCUCAGGAGGGAACAAUUGAUUCACCAUUCUGGACCAUCAGGAUCAAACCAUGAAGACGGCCAUGUAAAUAACUACCUCACUCUUGAGAGACUACAUUCUUCUCUUCACAAGUCACUGGUUUUCUUUGUUCAGCUGACAGCCAAGUUCCCAUUGGUGGUCAUACUUCUUCUCAUUGUCUUAUAUGCCAUACCUGCCAGUGCAGCCAUUCUGGCCUUAUACAUACUCAUCACAGUUCUGUUUGCUCUGCCAUCAGUUCUGAUGCUGUACUUUGCAUAUCCUAGUCUGGAUUGGCUGGCAAGGGAAAUCAUUACUUGAAUGCUCUUGGUUGCUUAGCUCGUAAGCCCGGUGAAUACAAGUUUGUUCCUCCACUAGAAUAGCAUCAGCUACUACAAUUUGACGACUCCACUCUCUCCCAGGGCCUGCCCCCUGAAUCCUUCAAUCUGUUUCAAGAAUAAUUCCAGCUUUUAGCAUAUCUUGUAACUGCGAGUUUUUGGAAUUUGACUACUGGUGGAAGCAAGAAGUUAUUUUCUUUGGGCAUAUACAUAUGGGUCCCUCUUGCAAGAAGUUGAUUUCUUUGGGCAUAUAUGCAUACGGGUCCCUCUUGCAAGAAGUUAAAGCAAGUGAUUAUAGUCAGGGAAGUGUGAUUCUAUGGCUUGAUUUUCAUGAAAUCUAUUUUAAUAUCUGUGUGUGAUGUGAAUGUGUAAAGAGUAUGGUUUUGUUUGCCAGUGAAUUUGUUUGAUAUGUAUAUGAAUACACAUAGUUAGACCAUGGAUUGUGAUCAAAAUUGCAUGUUUCAGAGUAA